CUUGGAAAAAAGAAGAAAAGGGGGGCCGUUUUACGUGCUCACUAGUCACUGCCGAAGGCACCGGUGGAAGAUGCUACGGGCUGUGUUGGAGGAGAGGAAGGCGGUUCACGUGGUGUUCCAAAGCUUUCGGAGAUGGAUGACCAACAGCGCCGGCACCGGCAGAAGAUGCGCGGUGAUGAGCUUCGGCGAUGGAAGCCAUGGGGCUCUCGGACUGCCCACCUCUCUCACCGGUGUUGGUACCGACUCUUAUGAGCCAACCCGAGUCCCUGGGCUUCCUUCAGAUGUGACCAGUGUCAGUGCCGGACAUUACCAUUCCCUUGCUGUCACUUCCCAAGGAGCGGUCUGGGCUUGGGGUAGAGAUUUUGAAGGCCAGCUCGGCCGUGGUGGUCCUUCUCCCAGAUUUUUCUGUUGGCACUUGGUACGCAGAGAGUCCUGGAAUGAGCCAAAGCAAGUUGCUGGGUUGGAUCAAGUUAGAGUGCGUGCUGCAUUUGCAUCUGGCGUUGUUUCGGCAGCCAUUGGAGAUGAUGGUUCUUUAUGGGUUUGGGGAAAGUCCAAGCGUGGCCAGCUUGGUCUUGGAAAGGAAGUCAUCGAAGCUGUUUUACCUUCCAAAGUAGAAGCACUUGCGGAUGAAAAGAUUGUCAAGGUAUCAUUUGGUUGGGGACAUACUCUUGCACAGACCAAUGAUGGCAAAUUGUUUGGCUGGGGUUAUUCAGCUGAUGGUAGGAUAGGAGGCAUUGCAGAAACUUUGGAAACAUCUCCUUUAGAAUCAAAACCAAGUGCAUGUAUUAAUAACCAAGAACCUUCAGCUUCAACAUGGGAAGCUGCAGAGAAGCUGGUUUUAGAAGGAAUGGAGAAGGAGAAAAAUAUGCCAAUUAUCUGGGAGCCUCGUUUAGUGAGAGAGCUAAAUGGUGUGGAAGUUGUAGGCAUUGCAUGUGGACUUGAUCAUUCAUUAGUUCUUUGCGGGAAUGGAACUCUGUUAAGCUGCGGAAGCAACAUAUAUGGUCAGUUGGGAAGAUCAAAACAAGAUUUGGGAAUGUUACCUGUUGACAUAAGCUUCCAUCCUAUCACUGUAGCAUCAGGCCUUGGCCAUUCAUUGGCAAUAUGCCGGGUUGCAUCAUCAGAUGCUACUGGUGAUGAUGCCAGAAGCAUUGUUACAUGGGGAUGGAAUCAAAGUUCUCAGCUUGGAAGGGUGGGGCCAGAAAACAUUCCAUUGAUGGUCGAAGGUUUGGAAGAAGAAAUUCCUAUAUCAGUGUCAGGGGGACGCGUACAUUCUACUGCUUUGACCUCUAGGGGAGAAGUGUUUGUUUGGGGUUGUGGCAAGAAUGGAAGGCUUGGGUUAGGCAGCUCCUAUGAUGAACCUGAACCCAUUUUGCUAGAUUGUUUAGAAGGUUCUGAAGUUUUACAAGUAGUGUCAGGCUUUGAUCAUAAUCUAGUUCUAAUUGCUGAAUAAUGUUGGCUCGAACCUACUAAUCCCAAUUGCAUUAUUACAGUUGCUAUGCUUACGCAAUUGCUGUUCUAGCUUCUUGUGUUUUUUGUACGGUUGGUAUAUACUUUUAUUUUGUUUGUUUAGGUAAAUUUACGCUUGGUAUAUGUUUGUGAGCUUUAGUAGUUAUAUUUUUCCAUGUUACAUGAAAAAACGAGCUAUGGAGUAAGGACCUGCUGUACCGCUAUGUGUGAGAUCUUCUUCUCUUGUUUC